GGACUAGGAACUCAUUCGUCGUACUUCGGCUUCAAGGAGUAAGCCGAGUCCACCGUGCCUAGGAAUUCCGCAAACGCAAGCCAGGGCUAUCUUCGGUUUGCAGCCUUUGCGGGUGCCUUUCGUUGGUGUCUCCCACGCCUCGUCUCAAACCCCUUGUACCUGAGCGCAAACGCUGGUCGUUUGACCCUUUCACUUCGGAAAUUGCUUCUACACCGCCAGUGGAGCGAGCUCAAGAUACUAUAAUGUCGCUCGCCCACUCUCCCAGGUCUGCUUCGCCUGCCGUCUCGUCGUACACAUUAGAGGAGCCGGGAACAAGCUCAGAGUGUGAAGACGAUCCAGACGAUCAAAUGUCUCUUCUUGCAGCUCAGCCGCGAUCGGCUACAUGCUCUAGACCUCCUUGUCUCAAGCGCGCCAGUGAGCUCGGCUGUAGUUCCACCAGCGUACAGCCCUCGUUGGCGGCUACGUCGGUUGGACGGCCUGCGGUAGCAUCAGUCUUUUCCUUUGCUGCUCCGAGGUCCUUCCCAUCUGCACCAGCUUUCAAGCGACAGGUCACCUUCGACGCCGCCCCACCCGAGGCUUUCGUCACCUUUCAUCCUGAGGACUACGACCGUACUCAGAUCGAAAUCACACAAGGAGGAUCCGACUUGGAUUUGAGACUGCCCACGAAGUGCAAGAGAUACAAUGGUGAAGGCGGCGAGGAGGAAGAGGAAGCCUCCGAGGUUGAAGAUGACGCUUCUGAAGAUGGCUCUGCCCGAGGUUCAAGCAGGGACAGUGGCGCCGGUUGGGCCUGUCUCAAAAGUGGAUCUGUCGUCGGUUCUGUCGGGGGGACUCUCACCGCUGGCAUUCCACGGCCACCAGUCGAUCCCUCUGUGGUCAGUCUCCCCGUACACGGCUUCAAGUCCUUCGGCGGGUUUGGGCAACAUCCGAAAACGAACCAGGUGGAUGAGCAUACAUCGCAGUCUCUCUCCGACACCAUGAGUGACGAUGGCAUCGGAAGCGAUGUCGAGUCGAGUGACAAUGGGGCGGCUGCCAUGGAGGCCGCUGCUCUUGCUUCAAAAUCCCCCAACGUCACACCUCGUGCCAGUCCUCGUAUUGUGCCAAGGUGGGCUCGAUGCACAGGCUACUUCGAUGAGGCCGCCUCAGCCAAUACAGACAUGGAACACGAAAUGCCGUCCGGCCGCCAGCAAGCACCAGAGCUCAAGGACAUCACACCGGUUGCCACACCACCCCUUGUCAAAGAAGCACAGUCGCCACAACAAGCGCAACGCCUGAUGACUGGGGAUCUUGAGAUGGCGUCGGAAGGCUCGACUUCUCUCUACGGCUUUCAGGAGAUGCACUCGCCAAUGGAGGUCGAUCAGUCUUCCCCGAAUCUGGCGAAUAGAUCCAGCGAUACCGAGACACUGUGGAGCGGUGGAUCAUCUUCACCUACUCAACGUGGAGAUGGCUCCCAGGCUCACCCCUCUGAAGCAAGCCGUUCGACAAAAGGUGGUUCGACCGACGCUGCCGUCACACACAACUCUGAAGGUACACCUGCACAAGGUGAAGUUGUCUCCGCCUUUGCAAGUCUUCACUGCCAGGACAGCAGUGGCGAAGGGCACAGUAGCAGCAACGAGUCGCAAGCUUGCCAUUCAUCCCCUUCGCCAAUGUCUUCACGCUGCUCCAGCACAGAUCCGUGGAGCAAUCUCAGCAGUGAAGACGAAGGAGCCAGAAGUCCUGCGCAUGGUCUUUGGAGUAGCUGCACAUCACCUGACAUGAUGCCUUUCAAGACCGCCACUUCUUCCGAACCGAAAAGCGCACAUCUUCACGUCGCUCCAGAUCAGUACAGCUCCAUCAGCACGGGGGGUGCCGCGCCUCAGACCAAAACAUAUACGCACUCGCCCAGCAUGAUGCAGUCUGCCUUCUUCACGGUGCCUGCUGUCGAUGAUGCAGACGUCUCUGGUGAGGCCAUGACCCACAGCAGAGACGGCACCUCUUUGCUAUUGCCAGGACCCCAGAAGUCCGUGCUUCGAUCAGCGCUCACCCGCCUCGAGGCCGAGAUGGCUGGCACCGGCGGCAGCUCUGUGGAUCGUAGCGGAGACGUGACUUCGAGCAGCAGCUGCAUAUCGUCUGGAUGCACUUCAGCCGACGAAGACGGUGUCGCCUCAACAUCCAGGCUCAGCGCGUCUGGCGCUGGCAAGCCAAGACGUAAAUCUUCUCUCUCGUCAUCCUUCGGCGAAGAGGCAUGCCGAACGAGCGGUGAAGGUGGGAGACGGGAACGAAGAUCAUCUCGGCCUGGCCAUUGCUCAAGGAAGAGUUCUCUGUCCACAGGCCGAGAAGAAGACGAAGGAGGCAGAAGUGGCUCGCACUCUCCGUCCCCCUCUCCGGAUACCGAAGAGCCGAUGCCAUCAAGGAAGCGACAUGGCUCAAAGAGCAGCCGAUCUGGUUCCGGAUCCUCCUCGACAAGAAGCGGUAGCAGCAGUCGGAUACGAAUGACGAGGGAUAGAGAAGAGACAGAAAUAGAAGAUGAAGGGGCUUUGGGUGGAUUCUGAGAAGCGCAAACAACGCGUGUGCCUUUGUACAUAUGACUCUUUGAUGGCGGAAGGGGCUCCUGUGUGGGCGGCCAAGGUGGAAGACC